AUGAAUCAACGAUCAAAUUUUCCAUUGUCGUCUUCGUCCAAAAACAAUCCACAGCAACAGGAGGACACCUCCAGUACUAGUUCAACCGAAACUCUCAGGGCAGUAUCAUUGGGAACUCCUGUGAUCAAUCAACAUGAUCCAAUGUAUUGUGCCAUGACCGGGAAGAGGCUUUUGGAUGAUGCCUAUGAAAUGUCCAAGAGCAAACAAGAUCGUAAAUUUGAGACUAAUGCCUUUGUAUUGAGAAAUGAAGUGAGAGGAUGUUAUUACUUUUAUGAUCCGACGGUGAAUAGACAACAAUUAAUGAAUCCUGAUCAGGAACAAACAAAGACUCUCUCAAAGAAAAUUAUUCCUCUCUCAGGAGAUGUUGAUGAUGAACAUGAUACCAAAAAGAGAAUUUCCAUCAAGAUUGCUCAUUUACAACAUUGCAUUGAGGUCAUCGAUGAUGGAUUUGAGAAGUGUCACGAAGCGUAUGAAAGCUUUAGCCACCGCAAAGAAGCCACGUAUAUUUGCUUGUAUCAUUUACUCAACAAAAAGUUGCCAGAGUUGUAUGAACGUUCAAACUUACAACAACUGGAAGAAAUUGGUGAAGAGUUCCGAGAAUUUCAAAAGACCUAUACAUCUCCUGAAGAUAUUAUUCAGCUUUUGAAAAGCGUUAAAACCGACUCGAUUCAUGCAAAAGAUUCUUCUUUAUUCAGUGUCACUAACGAAGACGAAAGAAAGAUCAGAGACAAGUAUGAGGUUGUGACAGAGUGUUUAAAGAUUGAAAAAUACAUUGUUAAGGCAGUAACUUCUUCCGAAGACAAAAUCAAGGAGGUUGAAAAAUCUGACGACUUUAAGAAGGUGUUGCAAGAGUAUGAAGCGAUAUUUGAGGUUUGGGAAAAGGUGGAAUCAUGGAAUGAUUUGAAACAAUCCAUUUUAUCUGCGAUUGCCUUGGCCAAAACAACAACUGGUGAUUUACAAUUAAGUAAUUAUGAAAUUACACUUGAUGGAUUUAUUGAAAAAUCGUAUCAAAAGUUUAAUUUGAUUGAAUCAUCAUACAAGGAUCUUGUUACUUUGUGCAACUCUUGCAAUGCACCACUGUUGAAUUUAAUGAAGCACCUCCAUACCCUGAACAUGACUUUAGACACAUGUUUACAUUCUGUCAACACUUACAAAGAAGGAGUCAACUUGUUGAGACGUUUGCGAUUCCUUUCGAGCUUACCAAAACUCUAUCAAAUUGCAAUGCACGAAGUAGUUCGUCGAAAGCAAGAAUUCAAAAAAGAGAAGCUUGAAAAUGAUACAAGCAGUACAAUUGAGAGAAUGAUUUGGUUGAAUUGCCAAUUGGAAAAUGAGAAGAGAGAUUUAUUUGAAGCUCAAGUUGCCAAGCUUGCCACUGAUCCAAAACAUAUUUCAGAGCUUAAAAAGUUGGUUCCUGGUUUAAUUGGCGAACGAGUGAACAGCAAAGUUCUGACCACACGUCUAAAUCAUUACAUGAACACACUCAUUCGACCUGUCGAUGCGGAAUUACCAAAUAUUAAUCAAUUGGAAGAUAUUGACUUUGUUGUGGUGUCGCCUCCCAACUCGCAAGACAAAAACAAUGCACUCACAGACACAAACAUUGUAACACCAUCCAUGAUUCAAAGCGCUCUUGUUGCUGACAUGAGCCAAAGCACUUUUAUACAACAUGUUGCAAAUAAGCUCCCAGAAGUGAAUCGACAUAUCGAUGAACAGCUAGAAUAUAUCAAACAAACAGAACAAGCCAAUGUGGAUCACACCAAAGACAAUACCAUUAUGAAUACUCAAGUGGUACAAGCACCCACCAAGAAGGACUUGUCACCCAUGCAGAAAAAAACAUCAAGAGCUUUCUGA